AUGCAUUUUUUUUUUUUUUUGAGUGGAGGCAGCUUGAUAUUGCUGUCGGCUGGAAUCGGCGCCCAGGAUGUUGCCUCAGUAGUGGCUUCGAAGCUAACACAAACUCUGUUGGAUGAAUUCCUGUGUGCUUCUCUUCUUGAACAAAUACCAUCACCACCCUACUGGAAGACACUUUCAUUUCUUAGCAGACGUUGGCGUCAUCAGGUAAGUUUUAUCGAGAAUUGGGCGCGAAAAGUGUUAUCGUUAUCGGUGCUUAUUGUGCAAGAGAUUUAUGGCGAAAAUUAUUGCACGAUAAAAAUAACCGAUGACCAGGUGAAAUUGUUUUCUGCUGAAGCAAAAAAGCCUGCAGAAAGCGUUACCAUGCCAGUGCUGCACGUUUGUUGGUUUCAACUGAUGCACUUAAUUGGCAAUCCGGCCGAUAUCAUCUCGCAUGAUCCUCGCAUUGCCGGUGCACUCCCAGCGAAUCCUCUCCGUGCUCUUCUUACCACUGGUGAAUAA